AUGGAUUCCUGCCGCGGCGCUCGUCCCAGCAGCACCGCUUCCUCCUCCGAGAUUUCCGCACCUCUUCUGCCCCAUGCCCCCCCGUAUCCUUGCCCACCUGUUGCUGCUGCUUCUACCGAAGCCGAUGUCCUCCAAUCCUCCCCUUCCGCGCCAUCAUUCGCGCCACUCUCGCGCGACUCGCGGCCAUGGCGGGACCAGCUGUUUCUCAUCGCCUUCCUCGCGGCUCUCGCGGUCCUCUGCGUGAUCUGCCUCAUCUCCGCCCUGCUCGAGUCCCCCGGCCUGUCAACAACGCUCGUCGCUCUCUCGUACGCGCGAAUCGUUGUGGCCGUCGUUGCCGCCGCGCCGCUCGUGUGGGGUGUGCUGCUGUACGUGAGGCGGCGCAACAGCCUCACCGUGGUGCUCCCCAUACUCCUCGCGCUCGCCGUGCUCCUCUUCCUCCUCGGCGCGAAGGUGGUAACCAUGUGCUCCGUGGCAGCAGUGGAGGGCAAGAUGACAAUGAUGUGCCAGGCGUGGGUGCUCUAUUUCCUCUGGCUUCUCAACAACCCGCUCUUCCUGCUCCUGGCCCUGUGGGCCGUCGUGGUCUUCGCUAUGUUCAUCUUCCUGCUCGUUGCUGCCCUCGUGGGCCAUGGGUUGAGCGCAGAGGAGGGAGACCAAAGGGACGAAAUUCGCCGUGGAAAGCGCACUGUGGAAGCUGCUGUUGGGGGCGAUGCUGCUGCUGCUGCGUACCCUGCUAUUGCAAGUGCAGGCAGUAUUGCAGCAGUCGCAGCGGUCCCCACGCAUCCAGGCUGGCCAGCGCAUGCGCCUCAUCUGCCCGCGGUGACUGGCAACACAUAUCAGCCUCCGCUGUGGCGCCACCUGUCUCUGCUGGGUCAGGCGCUCAGGUUCGCCCUCACGCGCUCCCUGGGCACGGCAGCAGCAGUGGCGCUGCUGAUCGUCGUCUCGUAUGUGCUCUUCAUUGCACUCUACUACUGGCUGGCGGUGUAUGUGUUUGCCACCUGGGAGACCAGAGAGAAUCCCAUCACCUCAUUCAUGUGCAGUGAGCACCGGCCUGUGAACAUUCCAGAUCGUGCCGUUCUGCCUGUCUACCCCACUUACCCCAGGUUCGUGGUGCCAGUGGCAGCUAUCAUGGGCAAGGGCGUGUGUGCUUCUCUUGCCAUUGCCCUGCGCCUGCUGCCCGCACACCUGCUGCCCUCGCUCGCCCUCUUUGUCUUCGCUCGCCUCCUCGUUGUGGCCCUUGCAACCAUCACCCAAGCACUGCUGAGGCUGCUGGCGUUUGGCCUCACUCCCUCCCCACUGUCCGCCUCGCCUACAUGGGUCGUUGCUGCCUCCUUCACACGCCUCUUCCUCUCCUCCAUUCUCUCCACCGCGCUCUCCACUCUCACUCUCUCCCUCCUCGCCGCCGUGCCGGCUGUCUACGUCUACCUUGCGCUGGGAGAGAGGUUGGAUGCACACACAGGGGAGGUGCUGGGGCUGCAGGGAAAAGAGAAAGAGGAGGUGGAGGAAGGGGGGUCAAGAGUGAUUGAGGUUUGA